AUGUUCGGUUUCUCUCGUCGCCGGAUGAAGCUGGGAAGGUUGAAGGGUCAUCUGCAUGAUCCUUUCCAUGGCCCUCGGAGUCCUGCCCAUCCCACCAAGCGGUCCAGUCACCUCACUGGAGAAGAACCAGUGGUUACGUCAGUGAGUGGCCGUCCCGACGACCUUGCUUGGUGUUGCUCCUCUGAUACUUUUGACCUCAAUGGCCGUGCAUUUGAAAACUCAGAGAACUGGGCAGUAUUGUCAACGGACGGGGAUAAACCGAGUCCUCGUUUUGAUCAUGCAGCAGCCAUGGUAGGGAGCAAAAUGAUUGUCUUCGGUGGAGAUUCCGGUAAUCAUUUGCUGGAUGAUACAAAGAUAUUAAGCUUAGACAAGCUUACAUGGGAUUCUGUGGCUUCUAAGGUUCGUGUAUCACCAGGUGGACAUCGUGUGCAGUUUCGACCAUGCAAAGGACAUUGCCUGGUUCCAUGGGGCAAGACUGUCAUUCUUGUCGGAGGGAAAAGCGAGCCAUCUUCUGACCGGAUAUCAGUAUGGACAUUCAAUACGGAAACCGAGAUCUGGUCGCAUAUGGAAGCGAAGGGCGACAUUCCGGUGGCUCGAAGUGGUCAUACAGUGACUAGAGCAGGCCCUGUUUUAAUUCUUUUUGGGGGCGAGGAUACCAAAGGGAAGAAACUACAUGACCUUCAUAUGUUUGAUCUGAAGUCCUUAACAUGGCUUCCUUUGAACUAUAAAGGUGCUGGACCUUCUCCAAGAUCCAAUCAUGUUGCUGCACUUUACGAUGACAGAAUUCUUUUGAUUUUUGGAGGCGAAUCAAAAUCCAAGACCUUGAAUGAUGUCCACGCUCUAGAUUUUGAAACAAUGUUAUGGUCAAGAAUGAGAACACAUGGUCAUCAUCCAUCACCUCGGGCAGGUUGCUGUGGAGCUCUCUGUGGGACGAAAUGGUAUAUAGCAGGGGGUGGAAGCAAGAAAAGGCGUCAUCCGGAAACUUGGGUCUUUGAUGUCCUAGAAUCCAAGUGGUCUGUUUGUGUAGCACCUCCUAGUUCCUCCAUCACUACCAAGAAAGGUUUCAGCAUGGUUCCUUUGUACUACAGGGAUAAGAUUGUUCUUGUUUCGUUUGGAGGAAACAAAAAGGAGCCAUCUGACAAGGUUGAAGUACUAGUGGUGCUGCAAAAUGAACAUUGUUUCAGUUGGCGGUCUGCCCCUGAUGCAGAACCCUUAAUGUAUGAGGACUCUUCUCCUAGCUCAAAGGAACUCGCCGAUCACCUCAACAACUGUGAUCCUUUGUACUCUAACUCUGUAGCAAGGCAUAGUCUCGCGACAACAGUGGAAAGCUCAUCUGGGAGGAAAUCGCUCCCUGAUUCACUCCUACAUAACUCGAAGGUGGGCGGCUCAUCACUCCGCAGGCAGUUCCGUCAGGAGGAGGAAUGCAGCCUGGCCCAAAAACUGCAGAAGCCAAUCGACGAUGACAAGUACAAGGAUGUUGACGGUUGUUCUGAGCUACCAUCCUUCUCAAACCAAAAGCAGCGGAGUGACACAUAUCAUUCUCCAGAUGCGGAUGCUAAAACGAAGAGGGUGGGCAGAAGUUCGUCUGACAUUAACCAUCAGCAUGAUACAAAAAUCGCAAACUUGGUCAGGAGAAACAUGGCGUUGGAAGAGCAACUUUCAGCUGCAAUGGCGAGCAAAGACGAAGCAGAAAAGAACUUAUCUCUGGUCAUUGACACAAAGGAAGAGGUAGAGAAGAGGCUAGCUGAGAGAGACAGGGAGGUUGUGGCGCUGAAGGAGAAAGUGGGAGGAUUAGAACAGGCACACGAAGAUUCAAACAACGCCUCAAACACUGUCCAUGCUGAUAACGUGCGGCUCGAGCGUGAAGUGGCGUUCUUGAAGGCAGUCACGGAUGAAACUCAGAAGGAGUUGCACUCGACCCGCGGAGUUCUAGCAGGAGAGCGCGCGAGGGCAUUCCAGCUCCAGGUUGAAGUGUUCCAUCUGAAGCAAAGGCUGCAAUCAAUGGAUGGAUGGUCACCUACACAAAGAAAACCUCAGAAUCUCUAG